CCUGAGCAGAGGCUGCUGCAGCUGUUCCUUCAGCUCCACAGGAGCCCUGCUUCUUGUGACUGCCAUAAAUAUUCUGGAGACCAGGUGAUUUCAGCUAACAUGAAUGUCAUCCUCUCCCGGGACAUGCAAGUGAAGAUAAUGGAGAACACAGUCACCAACGCAGAGAAAUAUUUCGGCACAUUCUGCACGCUGAUGGCCUCGUACACCCGCAAGACAGCCAAGCUACGGGACAAAUCAGACCUGCUCGUCAAACAGCUCUUGGACUACGCAAACUCAGAGAAUCCUGAGCUACGAACCACAGUGAAGAAUUUUGCGGAGGAGCUGGCCAAAGUGCAGGACUACAGGCAAGCCGAGGUAGAGAGACUGGAGACAAAGGUGGUGGAGCCUCUGAAGAUGUACAGGGCACUCAUCAAGCAAACCAGGGCUGAAAUCAAGAAGUUCAACAAUGCCCGAAAUAAUGAAAUAAAGCAACUGGAGAAGCUGGAGAAGAUCAGGCAGAAGUCGCCGUCUGACCGACACAUGAUUACGCAGGCUGAGUCUAACGUACACAAAGCCUCGGUUGAUGCAAGCCGAACCACACAACAGCUGGAAGAGACCAUUGAUGAGUUUCAGAAGCAGAAACUGAAAGAUAUUCAGAAGAUCUUUUUGGAUUUUGUCACCAUCGAGAUGGUCUUCCAUGCAAAAGCUCUGGAGGUCUAUUCCAACGCCUUCCAAAAUCUGGAAAGCUACGAUUUGGAGAAAGACCUGGAGGAUUUCAGAGCAAAAGUACACAUCACUUCUGGAACCUUCCAUGAAGCAAGACCGGUUAUUGCCACGAACCCAUCUUCUACCCUCCCGUGGUCCACAGGCACCCAGAACAUCCAGAGCAUGCUGCAGCAGAUGACGGUGGAGGAGAGUGAUGAGGAAUCUGAAGAAAACUGGGUGCAAGAUUCAAGCAAAACUGAAUACGCUCAGAUUCGGCGAGUAACCAGCAAACCCUCAUAACAGCACUCCUUAAAUUGCAAGGUAGAAGUCAUUAUUUCUUUGCUCCCCAGCUGAAUGUAACAUUUUCAUGCAGGAUCCCACCAUCAUCCUUACUUCCACAAUCUCAAAUUUUUAGUUUAAAAUAAAAUGUGAAUUUUAGAUUUAUUGUUUUCCUUUGAUGGGCUGAGCGAGGAGCACUCUGCAAAAACACUCUAAAACUUGUUUUUUCUCUCAAGAGGACUAGAGACAUAUAUUAGCACAAAUCUACUUAGCAGCAGAACAUCAGAUGUAUAUAGUCCACUCUGCAGUCAGGCACAAUCGGCAGGCAGGCUGUCUAUACUGGUGUAAAAAGUGGCCACACUACACCGUUCUUGCUUGAAGAAAUACAGCCUGUUACUUCUUUGACCUCUGCAUCCCAUCAAACUUUAAAGUUGGGGUUUUUUUCUUAUUACACAUUUGUUAUUUUUCCAUACUUCAGUGUAUAUUUUUCAUUGUACGUUUUCUUCUUAGCUACAACCUUUUCUCUUGUCUUUUGCGGGGGGUGGGGGGAGUGUUUAAUAAAGUUAUUUCAAAAAGCAAAUGGACCUCAUAUUUUGUGCAGGUGUGACAGGCAGAACUCGGACAGGAUAAAUUGUUGCCUGACUUUGCAUGUUUUUGGUGGCAGUUUGUGUUACUUCUGAAUCAUCUUCUUUAAUAAUACAUAAAUGUAAUAAUAAAUAUAACACUACUUUGAAUAAGACGGUAUAACAGCAAUGCAGUACACAUAGAAAUACUGUAUAGCAUUAAAGCUGUUGAGUAACA